AUGAUCUGUACACUUCAGGGAGUACUAGGGACCCCAACAGUCAAUCUCGAUGGGGAAGAAGGCACGAAGACUCUCGGAGUAGGAUGGAACCCGCAGAGAGACACAAUAAGCUUCGCCUCGAGGGAUUUGAAGUUGAAAGCACUGACGAAGAGAUCCGUACUCUCGAGCAUCUCCCAGCUGUAUGACCCUCUAGGCCUCGCGUCAGCCGUCACGAUCAAAGCAAGAGUAGCGCUGCAAGAGGUUUGGAGGGCAGAACAGUUCGACUGGGACGAUCCCCUUCCAGAAGAAACAACUGUCAUGUGGCUUUCACUACUGAAAGAGAUCGUAAGCCUGAAGGAGGUCCAAAUCCCGAGAUGUCUCAAGCCCCAUAACGCAGGCGACCGAUCAGAGCUUCACGUGUUCGCCGACGCAAGCUGUAAGGCAUAUGGCGCCGUCGCCUACCUUGUCUGGCCGACUCCGCAAGGCCCAGAGGUCCGCAUUGUGGCAGCGAAAGCCAGAGUAGCACCACUGCGCCAAUCAACAGUCCCUAGACUAGAGCUGAUGGCAGCUCUCGUAGCCUCCAGACUCGCGAAAACCAUCGUCUCAGAGCUCAAGACAAAGCCGGAGAGCGUCGUCUUGUGGUCGGACUCCACGAUAGUCCUGUCCUGGUUAAGAUCCCGGUCCUCCGCAUUCAAGCCCUUCGUAGGUGUUCUCAUCGCCGAGAUCCAGUCCGAGUGGGAACAAGGUCACUGGAGACAUGUACCGACGGAUCAAAAUCUAGCUGACGACCUAAGCAGAUGCAUCACUGUUGAAGAGCUAAGCAAAGGAAGAUGGAUGAGCGGUCCACCCUUCCUCAAGAAACCGAGAGCUGAUUGGCCUAUCGAGGCGGCCGUAACCCAAGAAGAAGAAGAUCCGGAAAGAAAGAAAGAGACGCCAGUAAGUGCAAUCGCCGCCGCCGUCCAGGAGGAACCACUACUAGAUCCGCAAUCCCAAUCCAGAUGGAGUCGCCUUGUGAGGAUCACCGCAUAUUGUAUGCGAUUUGUAAGCAACCUCAAGUCCAGUGUGAAGAACCCAGAGCAGAAGAAAACUAGUCACCUAGCACCUGCAGAAAUCGAAGCCGCUGAAGAGUAUUGGCUGCGGUUCAGUCAGCGAGCCAUGAAGACAGAAGACUACCCGAAUCUGUAG